AGGAGCGGCGGCGGCGGAGGGAGAAGCAGCAGCAGCGGCAGGAGGAGGAGGAGGAGGAACAGGAGGAGCAGCAGCGGCCGCCGCUGGUGUUCAGGGGAGAGGGGGAAGGAAAGAAGAGGGCGAGGAGAGUGGGGGAGCGGGCUCAUGACUCAGUGAGCGGCUGAAGCCCCUUUCCAGCCCCCCCCCCCCCCCCCCCGCCUGGCCGGAGACGCGGGGCGACCGCGCCGGAUUGUCCCGCAGCCUGUGCCCGGCACUAGCGAGAGAGAGAGAGAGACCGAGACCUGAGCUCGCCUGCAGUGCAGCAUCUGCCAUGUCUACAGAGGGGCAAAGAGUUGAUGAUAGUCCAAGCACUAGUGGUGGCAGCUCUGAUGGAGAUCAGCGUGAAGGUGUUCAGCAGGAACAAGAAAGGGAGCAGGUUCAACCCAAGAAAAAAGAGGGCAAAAUAUCAAGCAAAACAGCUGCGAAACUGUCAACUAGUGCUAAAAGAAUUCAGAAAGAACUUGCAGAAAUUACAUUAGAUCCUCCUCCAAACUGUAGUGCUGGACCCAAAGGAGACAACAUUUAUGAAUGGAGGUCAACUAUACUGGGGCCUCCAGGGUCUGUAUAUGAAGGUGGAGUUUUCUUCCUUGACAUUACCUUUUCACCGGACUAUCCUUUUAAACCACCUAAGGUAACGUUUCGGACAAGAAUCUACCACUGUAACAUUAACAGCCAAGGCGUCAUCUGCCUGGACAUUUUAAAAGACAACUGGAGCCCAGCAUUAACCAUUUCUAAAGUUCUCCUCUCCAUCUGCUCCCUCCUCACAGACUGCAACCCGGCUGACCCUCUGGUUGGAAGCAUUGCCACUCAGUAUAUGACUAACAGAGCAGAGCAUGACAGAAUGGCCAGACAGUGGACCAAGCGAUACGCCACAUAGGAACCUACUCUAGGAUUUGCUGGACCUGUGCAAGCACAUUCACUAAGUGCAUCAAUAGCCCUUCCCUUCAUUCUUAUUUUUUAUUACAUUUUGAACCAUUUUGUGACAAAAGGUUGUCCUUACUUUCUUUUUGGUUUUAUUUUUAUUCUUAUUUGUUUUGGGUUUUUUGUUUUUUGUUUUGUUUUGGUUUUGUUCUGUUAACUUGAACGUUGUUUCCCUAAAAUGUAGACAGGGAAUUUUGGUUAUCAGUGCAAAGAAUGUUGGAGCUGUAAUAGUAUAGAGCUUUGUCACAAAGCUUUGUAUUAAUGUGUGGGGUUUUUUUCUUUCAUGUGGUUUUGGGGAAAACAAACAAAUUCAGAAUUAUAUCUCGUUUCUACUUAAAUGUAGUGUUUAGGGUUAUUUUUUUGUACUGAAGUCUUUAAUGGUGGGUGCAUGCUACUGGGAACAAGUUUUGUAUAAAAGCUUAAAAUCAAGAAUCACUGUGCAUUACUAAGACUGUGUUUAUCACUAGCCUUCUGUUUCCCACACAAAAGGCUAUUGCGUUGAACAAAUUAAUAUGUAUUUUGAUUUACUUAAAAAAAAAAAAAAAAAAGUGCUUGUAAAUUUCUUAGGGACCUGCCACUUUUGACUGUGGAUCAGUUGAUGUACACUUGUAUUAUUAAAGCACUCAAUAAAACACUGUGGCUGAUAAAUGCA